UUUUUUCUCGUUUUCCGACUUCAAAAUUCGACUUCGUCGUUCACCGAACCAGACCAAACCGCCAAUUCGAAAUCCCAAAUUUCCAAAAAACAAAAUAUAAAAAUAAAAAUAAAACCGUGCUCCACAUACACACACGUACGCAAAGCGAAAUGGAUUUCUCUGAAAAUCGAAAUGAAUCUUCUUCGAAUCCAUACGGCCUUCUUCUCCAUUCGCUAUCUCUCAUUCCCAUUUCGCAUUACGUAAUCGGCUUUCUCGUUGUUUUCUUCGUUUUUCUCUACAAUUUCUUGGAAUUCCAUUUCUUCGAGAACCUUCGCACCGGUUUGAGAGGUUUCCCCGUCGUUUUCACCUACAAUUCCUCCUCCGACAUUUACAACGCCGUCGUUUCCAAGUGCCGGGUUCUUAAUGGCAGGUAUUUGCCGACGCCGUGGAUCUCAAGCCCUCAUUUCCAAACUUGUUUUCUCAAUUUCUUUGGAAGACCUCCUGUUUUUAGCUAUAGAAGAGAACUCUUCCACGCUUCUGAUGGUGGCACUAUUGCCUUGGAUUGGCUAAGUAGUUCUGAUGUUUCUGGUGCUUUUCACAUGAACAAUGUUAUUUCCAAGGAUGACACAACACCUAUUAUGGUGGUGAUCCCUGGUUUAACCAGUGAUUCUGCAUCAGCUUAUAUAAAGCACCUUGCCUUUAAUACAGCAAAAAGUGGGUGGAAUGUGGUUGUCACCAACCACAGAGGACUUGGUGGUGUUUCAAUUACUUCUGAUUGCUUUUAUAAUGCUGGAUGGACAGAGGAUACAAGGGUAAUUAUAAAUCACCUCCAUGAUGAAUACCCCAAGGCUCCUUUAUUUCUUGUUGGAACUAGUAUUGGUGCCAAUAUUUUGGUAAAAUAUCUUGGGGAGGAUGGAGAUGAUAUUCCUAUUGCUGCAGCUGUGGCUGUCUGCUCUCCUUGGGACCUUUUGAUUGGUGAUAGAUUUAUAUGCCGUAGACUGGUGCAAAAGUUAUAUGACAGAGCUCUUACAAUAGGUCUUCAAGGCUAUGCUCAAUUACAUGAGCCUCGAUAUACUCGCCUUGCUAAUUGGGAAGGCAUAAAAAAGUCACGUUCUAUUCGAGAUUUUGACCACCAUGCUACCUGCCUUGUUGGAAAAUUUGAGACCGUCGACACAUACUACAGGCACUGUAGCAGUACUAAUUAUGUGGGAAAUGUGUCGGUCCCACUUCUCUGCAUCAGUGCUUUGGAUGAUCCAGUGUGUACUAGGGAAGCCAUUCCAUGGGAUGAAUGCAGGGCAAAUAAAAAUAUUGUAUUGGCUACUGUAAAGCAUGGAGGACAUCUUGCAUUCUUUGAAGGGAUAACUGCAGCUGGCUUGUGGUGGGUAAGGGCCGUUGAUGAGUUUUGUAGGGUUAUGCACUCUAGCCAAUAUAUGCAUGUAAAAAAGAAGAAUCCUAUUGCACAGUCGAAAUUGUCUUCAAUCGAUCAAGGUCCAUUUGUGAAUGUUGCUGCUGACGGGAUGGUGGCUGCAAUGGGACAUGAACAAAUGAGAGAUGACAAGGUUGAAGAAUUAUCUGAAUCUCAGAAAAAUCAUCAUGGAAAAGCUGAAAUACUUCCAGAUGUAGAACAACAUGAGCAGUUGACACAACCGAAGCCGGAUUCUAUGGCUGACACCGCACAAACUUCAAGUCAAGCUACCAGCAAUCAGGAUGCCAAAACUCUGGAUGUACUUGCUCCUGUUAAAAGAUGCUUGGAUCUACUGUCUCAGCAGAACAGAUGCUCAGUAUGGCUGCUCGCUUAUAUCGCCAUAGUUACAAGUUGGCCAUUGUUAGGCUCUGCUUUUAACAUUGUCUUUAGGAAGAAGCUGAGAAAUGUCUCUCCUUCUGCCUUGCUCAGAAGAUAAUCCCAUGCUAUGCUCUUUAAUUGUUGUUGUAAACAUGUAUUAGUCGUUCAUUCCAAGCUGUAGAUGCUGUUGACUCUGUUUAGGGUGGUAAUAGUUAGAUUAAAUCUCAACCACUCUUUCUGAAUAAAAUAUGGAAUCCAAUAAGAUAGUAGAUAGUCCCUCAAAUGUUAAUGGUUAUCCUGUAGCUUUAAUAUGAAUUCAUAUUUAAUGUCUCAA